AUGAGCGGCUCCCACACUGUUUCUUCUGGUCAAAAUGUUGAUUAUUUGACAACACUUGCAAUCGAAACCCUUCACUUUAUAUUGGAUGAAUUAGACGACGAACGAGAUCAAGUGAAUCUUGCGAUGAGUUGUAAAUGGUUAUACCGUGUAUAUCGUAUUUAUCAUCUUGGUUUUGCUACGCCCAAAUGGGUCCCAUUUAAUGGAGAAGGUAGUGCCGAUGAUGAAUCUAAUGAGGGUCCUCCCGCUGCAAGUUAUCGUGAUGGAGUACUUGUCGAUGGCGCGUUAUGUGUUCCCAUCUUGAAUGAAGAACAGCCCGUGUGUUGGGUGCUUGAUUUUAAACAAUUUGUGAACAAAUGGCACAAAUCUAAUAUAAUUCUGAGAUUGGAUGACCAGGAAUACAUCCCACUUCGAAAUACUGUCGCAACUUUUGUACGUUCUUGCAUUUAUCUGUUCGGCGGUGAAACGGUGUCUGGCAACCCGUCAAAUAUAUUUUACGAAUUAGAUCCAAAAACAAUGGUUCUUCGCAAUAUUAAACCUACGAAUGGUAUUGUCCCUUCGAUGAGAACAAUGCACUCGUUAAAUACAGUCGGAAAGCAACAUUUAGUACUCUUUGGAGGACGUUCUGUCAUUUUUGGUGAUAUUAUUUCCGGACAUGGCGUAGAAACAAAAAACAACAACAAAUAUUAUGACACUAAAGACUUUUAUUUGUAUGAUUUACUAAGCAAAACUUGGUAUUCCUAUCCUGAUGAAUACCGCUACGAUUUGCCGUAUGCACGCUCUGCGCAUUCAUCUUUGUCAAUCGGAUCUUCGCUAUAUAUCUACGGUGGACAAAAAAUUCGAGCAAAUGCUCAAACAGAAAUUCACGACGACGAAGAUUUAUGGGUAUUUAAUUUUGACAAUACUAUCACUAGUAGCAUUAACAGUGAUAGCGAUAGUGCUGAGGAAGUGGAGGGUAGCGAGAGUGGCAACGAUGAUAGUAACAGCUCGAGCAGAUCAAAUACCACAACUUCUACCACAUCAAUGGUUAAAGCCACAAGUAGCAAUAUGAUACGAAAUUUUCUACAAAAUAGAUGGCAAAAACUUUUCUCCCCUCGCACUUCAACCUCCCCAUUUUUCGCACUUGGAGAUGAAAGCGACUGGAAAGAAACGACUGGCAAAGUAACCGGCAAAAGGUGCGGCUCGGCAAUGUUCAGAAUCGGAAAACGAGUUGCGAUUUUAGGCGGGUAUGAAAAAGACAAUUGGGUACAUGAAGAAGAUGCUGUACGACCUUGGGAAAUGUGUAAAUUAUAUUUAUCGGAAAGACGGAGAUGGGACCACAUUCGUAUUACGGGGUUCCCAGAGAUGGAGUGCGUUGCUUUCACGCAGGAUCAUACGGGUCAGCCAGGGAACUUGUUUAUCAUGGGAAGAAAAAAAGAUCAGGAUGACAAAAUUGUCAUGGGAUGGAUAAAAGACUAUUAA